AUGACCCAUGGGUCCGACUGGCGCGGCGGCGGUCUCAUGUUCGCUCCUUCUCCUUCCCUCGCGCCCGCGCGCGCAAACGCAAACGCAAAGCCCAUGCUCUACCCGCAGCACUUGUUUGACGAGCGGAACGCCGGCCCUGGUGGUACCGUUCCCCCUCCAACACAGCCCCACUCCGAGCGCCACUACGACUCGGCCUCGGCCUCGACGUCCCCUACACCCCCGCUCUCCUCAGCCUCAUCUCGUCCACGCUCGCGUUCCGUCUCUCCAUCUACAGCCCGCUCGCCAUCGUCCGACGACCACGAUCCCAUACUCCCACACACACAGGCAUACCACCAGGCCUUGCGUCACGCCUCUGGCUCUCACAGUCCUUACUCCAGCUUUCCAAGUUUCAUCGUAGCCGGCCCCCAACCGCCGCCACCCCCGUCCCCGCGCAAACGAUCGCAUUCGCCUGCGCGCCCCGUUCAACUAAAGCGCGCGCCGUCAUCAUCAUCAAAGUCAAAGUCGCGCGCGCCCUCCCCUUCGCGGCCCAAAUCGCGCCCAUCAUCGCCUACAAAGUUGCGAUCGCGCCCAGACUCCCCCUUCCAGGCCAAGCCGUCGCCAAGCCGCACUCCCACCCCUCCAUACGACCACAGAGCGCGCACCUAUUCACGUAACCAGCCCCCGCCGCCGCCGCCGCCGCAGGCCGCCUCGGCUUCCCGUUCGCGUCCCACGACCCCAUCCACGCCGACUUUUGCAGCAGCAGGAGCUGUCCGCUCCCGUAUCCCACAGCGACCACGGGCGUACUCUGCGUCGGCGGUUGAGGCGCAAGAAAUACUGGCUGAUCCGUCUCCGCCUCCGCUGCCGCCUCUUCCUUUGGCCGACCACGCCCGUGCCCUCGAGGCCGGCCUCGCUAGUGCCAAUCCCCCGCGUCAAGCUUUCCCUGGCGCUCCAUACACCGCCGACAUGUCCGUGAGCACGCGCGCUCCAGAGGCCGUCCGCCUCCCGGGCAGUUCGAGUGGCAUUCCCAUUUUAAAGACGCGCGUUCGCUCGUCGCCGCGCUCUCCUUCUCCAGACUUUCCCGACGGCGCUGAGCGCCUAGCGGAUGAACUUCCACCUUUCCGCGUCGAUCUCGACGCAGCCCUAGCCGAGAUUGAAGACGAGCUCGAGGUCCGUGCACAUGAGCGAUUUGUGAGCGCGUUGCCAGCGCCGCGCACUCCCAACUCGGCAACAUUCGCGAACGUAACUCCAGGAUCGACGCCGCCUUCUAGUAUUGGGCCCGCGUCUGUCAGCGCGCCAGUCUCCAAAAUCCGCCCGCCCAAGCAGCGCACACGCCCGUCGUUGCCGAACGGCGUCGCGAACGGUGCAAGUGCCACCAAUGGUGCCGCCGGCACCUCUACCGCACGUAAGGGCACCAAGCCUCGCGCAGGCUCCGUGCCACUGACACCUAAUUCUGCAACGGUGACUCCCCGGGGUAAGGAUGGGCUUGGGCGUGCUGCAUCAUACUCGACCUCGCCCGAGGGGCGGUCGAAAAGCAUGCCGCGUAGGAGACAUGGAAGUGACACGGCGCAGCUGGCGCAGGCAGCAGCUAUACGACGCAACACACCGACCCUAUCCACUCCACCUGCAGGGCGGCGAGCGGGCACGCGUUCGUCGACGAACACGCGGUCCAACAGCAUGUCGAACCGCACAAACCCAUCACCUCCAACACAAUCACAAUCCAAGCUCGGCAUAGCUGCCCAUUUCGUCCCACCAGAAACGACAUUCACGCCGCCAAAAGGCGCCGACUGGGACGAUGUCGUGCUUCCCACCGUGGCGCGCAAGACAGGCAUCACCGUCUCGCAAAAUGGCCACAGUCUCGAACACGGACACAAGUACAGCCACAGCGCGAGCUACAGCCUGGGAUCCAACAGCUUGGGCUCCACGCCGCACGAAGACGACCUCCUCGCCGUCGAGUGGGACAAAGAGGGCACGCCAAUACGCUGGGAGCGCCAGCGCCCGAGAGAGGGUCUGUCCGAGGACGACUUUGCGGCGAACCGCGCGGCCGCAGGCGCGCAGUGGGCCGUAGACGACUUUGGCGCGCCGAAGCGAGACGGCAAAGAGGAGAGCAUCGAGAUGGCGCCGCUCCGCAACCCGCCCUCGCAGCUACAGCCGGCGCCGACGCCGACGCGGCCGCCCAGAGCCGCGGGGAGAAGUCCACAGUCGUCCCCGCAGCCGGUGCAGCAGCCGUUCGCGGGCCCGCCGCCGACCCAGAGGCCAGCGCAUGGAGGGCAGGGCGGGCAGGGCGGGCACGCCAAAGGCGCGCACCACUUCCCGCGGCCGAUGGAGGUCGCGGCGCCGCAGAGCCCCAAGAGCUCGCGCUCAAAGCAUGGGCGCAAGCGCAGAGACGAGGACGACAUUAAGACGGGCGGGUGCGGGUGUGUCAUCAUGUAGCAGUUGUACGCGCCAUGUUAUACUAUACGCU